AUGGGGGAGCAGCAGAGCUCGCUGAGCACCCUGCGGGCGGCCGCCGCCGGGGCGCCGUUCCCGGCCGGCGGGGCCCGAGAGCCGGGGCAGGAGGCGGCCGAGCCGGAGCCCGGUAGCAGGCGGCGGAGCAGGGAGCAGGAGCCGCUUCCCGCCGGGGCCCCGGGGAGUCCGGAGCGCAGCGAGGAGUCGCCGCCGCCCCCUGAGCCUCCCGCGGAGGAGCCGGGGGCCGGCGGGGAGCCCGGGGUGCCCACCGAGGAGGGGCCGGGGCGGGACUGGGGCAGCAGCCGCUGCCGCAUCCCCCCGCGGCGGCACGUGUACUGCACCGUGUACUGCGUGGAGAACGACCGGGCUGGGGCCGGGACGGGACACCCGCCCGCCACAGCCCCCGGGGCCCUGCCCGGCCGCCGCGCCCCCGUCGGAGACCCCUUGACCUCGGGGGGCAGCAUCGAGGUGGACUUUUACCUGCUGCCCGAGCCCUACUUCGGGCCCCUGCUGGUGCUCUGCUGCCGGGUGUGCCUGGAGGAGAAGCCCAUCAAGCCCCUACCCUGCUGCAAGAAGGCGGUGUGCGAGGAGUGCCUGAAGCGCUACCUGAGCGCCCAGGUGCAGCUGGGACAGGCAGAUAUAAACUGUCCAAUCACAGAGUGCAGUGAAUACCUGGAUGAAACAACUGUCCUCUACAACCUGCCACAUGAUGACAUCAUCAAGUAUAAAUACUUCCUGGAACUCAGCCGUAUUGACUCCAGCACCAAGCCAUGCCCUCAAUGCAAACACUUUACCACUUUCAGGAGGAGAGGUCACAUUCCAACCCCAACGAAAUUGGAGAACAAAUACAAAAUCCAGUGUCCAACCUGCCAAUUUGUCUGGUGUUUUAAGUGCCACUCUCCCUGGCAUGAAGGUGUUAACUGUAAAGAAUACAAAAAGGGAGACAAGCUGUUGCGUCACUGGGCCAGUGAGAUUGAACAUGGGCAAAGGAAUGCCCAGAAAUGUCCAAAAUGCAAGAUCCACAUCCAGAGAACAGAAGGGUGUGACCACAUGACCUGUUCACAAUGUAACACUAAUUUCUGUUACCGCUGUGGGGAGAGAUACCGCCAGCUCCGUUUCUUUGGAGAUCACACAUCAAACCUCAGUAUAUUUGGAUGCAAAUAUCGCUACCUCCCUGAGAGACCGCAUUUAAGGAGAUUAGUGAGAGGCUCUGUCUGUGCUGGAAAAUUACUCAUUGCUCCCUUAAUACUGGUAUUGGGACUGGCACUGGGAGCUAUAGCUGUUGUAAUAGGUUUAUUUGUGUUUCCUAUCUAUUGCCUUUGUAAAAAGCAGAGGAAAAGGUCACGGACAGGUAUGCCCUGGUAA